AUGCUGGCGUUGACGAUGCGUGCCGGCGUUUUCGACUGCUGCCUGACCCGCUGCUGCAGCAGGCUGACCCAGCCGGCGUCGGCGGGGAUAUUCCUGUCCCCCCGCAGCGCGCCCGUCGCCAUCGCCGUCGACCAGGUCGGCAAGUCCGUGCAGGGCCCGGAGGGUGAAGUCCACAUACUGGACAACAUCACCCUGACCGUCCAUGAAGGCACCAGCGUGGCCAUUGUCGGUGCCUCCGGUUCCGGCAAGACCACCCUGCUCGGCCUGCUGGCCGGGCUGGACCUGCCCAGCCGCGGCAGCAUCGCGCUGGCCGGCCAGGAUCUGGGCCGUCUCGACGAGGAAGCCCGCGCCCAGCUGCGCGCACGCGAGGUCGGCUUCGUGUUCCAGAGCUUCCACCUGCUGCCGGCGCUGACCGCCGCCGAGAACGUCGCGCUCCCGCUGGAGCUGGCCGGCCGCGAAGACCGGGUGCGGGUGGACGAAGUGCUGGCGCAGGUCGGCCUGGGCCAUCGCGCCCGUCACUACCCGCGCCAGUUGUCGGGCGGCGAGCAGCAGCGCGUGGCCCUGGCACGUGCCUUCGUCACCCGCCCGCGCAUCCUGUUCGCCGACGAACCGACCGGCUCGCUGGACCACGCCACCGGCCAGCACAUCAGCGACCUGCUGUUCGAACUCAACGCCGGCAGCGGCACCACGCUGGUGCUGGUCACCCACGACCUGCGGCUGGCCCAGCGCUGCCAGUACAUCCACCGCAUCGAUGACGGCCGCCUGCUGCCGGUCGAGCGCGGAGCCGCAGCAUGA